GCAGGAAUCUGUCUGGAAAAAGAGGCAAUUCUGACUGAGGACGUUUGAAGCACACACUCUGGUCAGGAAGUCUCCCCAGCUCUCUGAGGAUGAUAUCCGGCUAAAAAACAACAGAGACAACGGUAGUGCCAAUCUCCUGGAGCCUACUGCCAGCUCUCUUUCCUCAGAUCCCCAAAAAAUGGAAAUUGAGGUCUCGGUUUCAGAAUGUAAAAGUGUUCCUGGAAUCACAUUGACCUCACAUUCUACAGACCAUUCCUCCUCUUUCUACUCAUCCCCUCACAAUGGCCUUCUCAGUGAUCAUCAGGAAUCCCUGGAUACCGAUGUGGCCAGAGAGAUCCAGUAUCUAGACGAGGUGCUAGAGGCCAACUGCUGUGAUUCUAUUGUGGACGGAACGUACAACGGAACAUCCUCCCCGGAGCCUGGCACAGCCAUCUUGGUGGGCAGCCUGAACCCACUUGCCCACACAGCCAUUCUGCCAGAGCCCUCUGAGAGAACAGCUGGUAGGCAGGUUCCUCCUCACAUUUUGCUCAGUAAAAGCAACUCCGAUACCAUGGCAGAGGGUGAAAGAGCCAAUGGCCAUCCUUCUGAUCAGUCCCGAGAUGUGCUGGGCGACAGCCUACAGGCACCUGUGAGCCCGAGCUCCUCAACCAGCUCCCGGUGUUCUUCCCGAGAUGGGGAGUUGACGCUCACAACACUGAAGAAGGAGGCCAAGUUUGAGCUGCGGGCCUUCCAUGAAGACAAGAAGCCCUCCAAGCUCUUUGAAGAUGAUGAGAAUGAGAAAGGGCAAUACUGUGUCAGGAAAGUCAGACCCUCAGAAGAGAUGCUGGAGCUGGAAAAGGAAAGGAGGGAACUCAUUCGGAGCCAGGCUAUGAAAAAGAAUCCUGGUAUUGCAGCCAAAUGGUGGAAUCCCCCCCAGGAAAAAACCAUUGAGGAGCAGCUGGAUGAAGAGCAUCUGGAAUCACACAAAAGGUACAAGGAACGCAAGGAGAGAAGGGCGCAGCAGGAGCAGUUGCUGUUGCAGCAGCUGCAGCUGCAGCAGCAGCCGCCCCUGACGCAGGUCUGCACGGCCCCUGCCUUCUCUCAGGAACAGUCGAGCAUGACUGAAAAUGCAAAGGAGGACAUCGUCACAGAGCAGAUAGAUUUCUCUGCUGCUCGAAAACAGUUUCAGCUGAUGGAGAAUUCCAGGCACACAGUGGCCAAGGGCCAGAGCACACCCAGGCUUUUCUCUAUCAAGCCUUUUUACAGGCCUCUGGGGUCAAUCAACUCAGACAAGCCAGUGACUAUCUCGAGACCAAUCUCCAUUGGGGGACCCCCAGAAGACAGUGCUGCAUCGAUGGCCAAGGGGCAGAAAGUCUGUGCCCUUGAGAGCCAGUCUGUGGGAGGAGGCCAGGGCAGCAUGGCUCCUCAGGAAAAGGAAGGGUCCUACAGUGAGCCCUCUAAACGUGGGCCCUUAUCUAAACUGUGGGCAGAGGACAGAGAGUUUACAAGUGCCCGGGCAGUCCUCACUGUGGUCAAGGAUGAUGACCAUGGGAUUUUGGAUCAGUUCUCAAAGUCAGUCAAUGUCUCUUUGACCCCAGAGGAGCUUGACUCUGGUUUGGAUGAAUUGUCUGUGAGGUCCCAGGAUACCACCGUCCUGGAGACCCUGUCCAAUGAUUUCAGCAUGGACAACAUCAGUGACAGUGGGACCUCCAACGAGACAACUAAUGCUCUCCAAGAAAAUUCACUGGCUGAUUUUUCUCUGCCCCAGACUCCACAAACUGACAACCCCUCAGAAAACAGAGGAGAAGGUGUCUCCAAGUCAUUUAGUGAUCAUGGCUUCUAUUCCCCUUCUUCCAUGCUAGGAGACUCUCCGUCAGUUGAUGACCCCUUGGAAUACCAGGCUGGUCUCCUGGUGCACAAUGCUAUUCAACAAGCCAUUGCUGAGCAAGUGGAUCAAGCUGUAUCUCAAACCACCAAGGAUAGGGCAAAACAGCAGGGACCUGAAGCCACUCUAGAGGAAGCUGAAAGAGGGCCUCUCAGCUCAGAGAAGACUCAGAGCAUGUUUGAGCCACCUCAAGUGUCUUCUCCUGUUCAAGAGAAAAGGGAUGUAUCCCCAAAGAUUCUGCCUGCUGAAGACAGAGCGCUCAGGGAAAAGGGGCCCUCCCAGCCACAGCCUGCCAUACAGCGCAGUGGCCCAGUAUACAUGGAGGAGACCAGGCCCGAAGGGAGCUACUUUAGCAAAUAUUCAGAGGCAGCUGAGUUGAGAAGUACAGCCUCCCUCCUGGCCACUCAAGAAUCAGACGUGACGGUAGGGCCCUUCAAGCUCAGAUCAAGGAAGCAGCGGACUUUGUCCAUGAUUGAAGAAGAGAUCCGAGCAGCCCAGGAAAGGGAAGAGGAGCUGAAGAGGCAGCGAAAAGUCUUGCAGAGUACUCAGAGCUCCAGGGCAAAGAAUGCUUCAUCGCUGCCUUCCAGAACAACAUGCUACAAAACUGCCCCAGGGAAAAUAGAGAAAGUCAGACCUCCUCCAUCCCCCACAACCGAAGGUCCCAGCUUGCAGCCUGACUUACCCCCCGAAGAGGCUGCCGGAUCCCAGCGGCCCAAGAAUCUGAUGCAGACCCUCAUGGAAGACUAUGAGACACACAAAUCUAAAAGGCGCGAGAGAAUGGAUGAUAGUAGUGUCCUUGAGGCCACCCGGGUAAAUCGAAGAAAGAGCGCACUGGCCUUGCGCUGGGAGGCAGGGAUCUAUGCCAACCAGGAGGAGGAGGACAACGAAUAAACUUCCUUCAACACAGAAAGCUUCUUUGGUGCUUGGGAUGCCAAGAAACCAAGAAAUGAAUCACUGAAAGCAUUUUAAUGGGGUAUUUAUUAAAAUGCAACCAAACUCAGUAAUCCUUAUGUAGACCAGCAGCUGCAGUAUACAAUGAUGAAAAAUGACUAAAGUGAAAAGGAAGUGCACCCAUCAAUCUCUGGCACCCAGAAGUCAAAAAGAGAGUUUUUCUUUUUUUCCCUUUUGUGAUUCAAAGUAUAGUCUGCAUUUGGGGUGAUCCAUAAUUGAUAUAAAAGGACAAAGAAGUUACAAGCAAAUCAACGUGGUUACUACA